AUGUGUAAUGAACAUUUUAGCAAUAAGGACGGAAUUUCCGUUGCUAAUCAACAACCCAACCUUAACAGAAAAGCGGAUGGGACUAUUCCAAAUAAUUAUGGAUUAGAGGGAUGUUCAAAUUCAAGUAUAAUGGACAACAUAAGGGUUGAUAAAAACAAUAAUUCACUGUAUAUAUAUGAUGUCCGUAUUACUGAAGAUGAUUUAAGACAACUUUUAACUUUAAAAAAAAAAGAAGUGGACGAUAAUGUAACAAAGGGUAUCUCCUUGGAUGUAUCGGGAAAAGUGCAAAGUAUAGAGAUUCAGAAACGAAAAAAGGAAUUUUCUAACUUAUCUGCAAAUGGAGCAUGUUCUAAUGAAUUACAUUAUGAACAAGGAGGAAUUUGUCCGGCUGAAAAUCUUAAAAUGGUUUCAUUAGUGAAUUGUACAAAAUAUAUAAUAGAAAAUAGAAUUAACAAAGAUAUAGAUAUACCACAUAGUAAUACGGUAAAUGCGCUGUUUAUGGAUUACUACCAUUUAGUAAUGGCUUAUACAUUUUUCAGACAAAAAAAGCAUGAAAAUGAAUCCACUUUUGAGAUUUAUUUUAGAAAUUGUCCAUUUAAUGGGAGGUUUGCAAUUUUAGGGGGAGUUUAUGAAGCUAUAAAAUACAUUAAUUCAUUUCGAUUUACAGAAGCACAAUUAGAAUUUAUUAAAAAAAAAAUGUCACACUAUCAAGAUAUCGAUUUAUUCAUAAAUUACUUGAAAGGUUUAAGUGGAAAAAAUAUAUCUAUUUACUCUAUGGAGGAAGGAGAUGUAGUAUUUCCACAUGAACCCUUAAUGGUAGUACAAGGUCCAUUGUUGAUGUGCCAAAUAUUAGAAAGUGCUUUACUUAACUUGUUAAAUUAUCCCACAUUAAUAGCUACAAAUAGUAUGCUGUAUAAAAUUUCUAUAAAUUAUAAAACGUUAGCUGAAUUUGGCUGUCGAAGGGCUCAAGGUCCAGAUGGUGCACUAAGUGGAACAAGAUAUUCUGCAGUUGGAUGUGAUUUUACAUCGAAUGUGUACGCUUCCUUUCUUUAUGAUAUUCCCAUAAUAGGAACCAUGUCACAUUCUUUUAUCUCUUCAUAUAAGCAUGGCGAAUCUGUAUAUAGCAAAUACCUAGACAAUUAUGAUUUCCUAAGCAUUGUGAAUAAAAACAAAGAGAUAAUUCAUAAAUUAUAUAAUUGCGAAUUUGCAAAUGAUAGUGAAUUAACUGCUUUCGUUGCAUUUGCACAAAUUAAUCCGAAAAUUUUUAUUUGCUUAAUAGAUACAUAUGAUUCCUUAAAAUCAGGAAUUUACAACUUCUUAAUUGUUGCCUUAUCAUUACUUGAAAUAAAUUACAAGCCAAUUGGAAUUAGAAUCGAUUCAGGUGAUUUACUUUAUCUAACUAAUGAAUGCAAAAAAAUAUUUAAUGAUGUAUCAGAAAAAUUAAAUGUCCCUUUUAAGGAUUUAAAAAUAUGUAUUAGCAAUGAUAUUAAUGAACAAGUAAUAAAAAAACUACAUGAACAAGAACAUCACAUAGACAUUUUUGCCAUUGGAACAAAUUUAAUUACCUGUCAAUCACAACCGUCUUUAGGACUUGUUUACAAACUAGUGGAAAUUAACAAUCACCCAUGUUUUAAGUUAACAAAUGAAAAUAAAAAAUCAAAUUUACCUUACCGGAAAAGGGUAUAUAGAUUAUAUACAGAUCAUAAUUUCGCACUUCAUGAUUAUAUACAAUAUUUUGAUGAAACACCACCUACUGAGAAUCAAAAAAUUACAUGUGUCAAUGUCCUAGAUGGCAAUAAGGAAUCGUCCGUUAUCCCAAAAAAGGUAGAAGAGAAGUUACAUCUUAUAUGGGAUCACGGAAAAUUAUUAACUCAGUUAAAAACAGUAUCUGAAUUGAAGCAGUACACAUACGAUGAGAUAACUAAAUUUAAAAAGGAACAUUUUUCAACCACUCAUCCUACUUCAUAUGACGUUCUCUUUUCAAGCAACUAUCACGAAUUGUAUAAAAAUUUGCUAGUUAAAAAUUCCUUUUAUUCUACUCCCUUGUAA